AAAAUAAUAAUAAAUUAAAAAAAAAAUAAAUAAUAAUAAAACAUGGAUCGGACAAUGUAUGGUAAAAUUGAUCCUGGUGCUCGUCAACCAUAUCGCACAAUACGUUCCAAAGGAAUACAGCCAGGAUAUGCAUUACUUGCCGAUUUGCAGAAUAGUGUUCCCGGUCAUCAACCGCAACAAUAUGGUACGACAACUCAAACAGUAACGACAGUACAGCAACAACGUCAAGUACCUCCACCGCAGCACAAUUACAUCGAAUCAUCAUCCGGCUAUGGCAGUCUUCGGGGUAAAGCUCCUCCAACGCAGCCAAUCUAUCAAGAGCAUUAUUCGGAGACACGUACAUCUGUAUCGCCAUCUGGCGGCUACAAUGGACCACUAAACUCCACAUCUAGUCAGUAUCAAAAUCAAGGAGCCAUACCCCGCCAGCAAUACAAUGGCAUCAAUGGAGGCGGCCCUUCACAACAAUUGAAUACGGCGAGUAAUUUAUCCGAAUUGGAUUCAUUGUUGCAAGAUUUGAGCAGUGCCCGUUACAACGGCAAUGGCUAUGACAGAAAAGAUAAUGCUGGACCCCCUGGAUUCCAUAGUACACCUUCUUCCAAAUACAAUACUUACAAUAGUUACGCAUCUGUAGAAGAACGACCCACGGUAGAUAGUCUCUUGAAUGAAAUGGACAACGCCUCCCUAUAUGCUGUUCCAAAUGGUGUACGUGGUAAAUCUCCAACGCCCGGUCGUCAUGUUACGAUUACUGUACGAGAAACAAAAACAGAAAAUCUUGCUGGACCAGAAGGGCCAGUGAGACAAGUUGAGGAGAAAGUUGUAAGACAAAAGGACUCAUUCACACCCAACAAUGCAACUCAUCAGGCAUACGCAUCAUCUGCCACAAAAGAAUUGGAUGAUUUAAUGGCUUCACUUUCGGACUUUAAGGUGAACAACGGUUCCAACCACUAUCACCAAACAAUAACGGACUACGCCAAACCCAAUAAGGGCACGUCACAUUUAACGCAGACUAUUACUGAAACCACUACUUCUACCGUUGUAGAAGACAAUCAACCGGAUCAGUUGGAUUCUAUGCUAGGAAGCCUUCAGGCCAAUAUGAAUCGUCAAGGUGUCAAUACUGUACAAAAGGGCUGCUGCAAUGCCUGUGAAAAACCCAUUGUAGGCCAAGUUAUUACUGCCCUGGGCAAGACCUGGCAUCCAGAGCACUUCACCUGCAAUCACUGCAACGAAGAAUUGGGCACACGUAAUUUCUUCGAACGCGACGGUUUCCCCUACUGUGAAAAGGACUACCAUAACUUGUUCAGCCCCCGUUGUGCCUAUUGCAACGGCGCCAUUUUAGAUAAAUGCGUAACUGCCUUGGACAAGACCUGGCACACAGAACAUUUCUUCUGUGCCCAAUGCGGUCAGCAAUUCGGCGAAGAUGGUUUCCAUGAACGUGAUGGUAAACCCUAUUGCCGCAACGAUUAUUUCGAUAUGUUCGCUCCAAAGUGCAAUGGCUGCAACCGUGCCAUCAUGGAGAACUACAUCUCCGCCUUGAACUCUCAAUGGCAUCCCGACUGCUUUGUCUGCAGGGAUUGCCGACAACCUUUCCAGGGUGGCUCAUUCUUCGAUCAUGAAGGUUUGCCCUAUUGUGAAACUCACUACCAUGCUAAACGUGGAUCUUUGUGUGCUGGUUGUUCGAAGCCCAUUACUGGUCGCUGUAUAACAGCCAUGUUCAAGAAAUUCCAUCCGGAACAUUUUGUAUGUGCCUUCUGCUUGAAACAACUAAAUAAGGGUACAUUUAAAGAACAAAAUGACAAACCCUACUGCCACACUUGCUUCGAGAAGAUUUUCGGUUGA